UUUCUACACCAACAGUGCACUUCCCUCUCUCUAUUAUUUCCAUGACUUGAAACCCCUUUCUCUCGAUGGUGUACAAUUUGUUUUCCAGUGAUUGUGCGUUUGGAGAAGAACUCUGAUCACCACUCACACACUUUCCAAUGGCGUUGAGCACCCAAGUUAUAGCCUCAUCGGGUUCAGCCUUCCCGUGGAAAUACGACGUGUUUUUGAGCUUCCGAGGUGAAGACACACGCAAGGGCUUCACAUGCUACUUAUACCACGAGUUGCAGCGGCGAGGAAUCAGGACUUUCAGGGACGAUCCACAACUUGAAAGAGGCACAGCCAUCUCUCCGGAGCUCCUCACAGCAAUCGAGCAAUCGUGGUUUGCGAUCGUUGUUCUUUCGCCAAACUAUGCUUCUUCUACAUGGUGCUUGCUUGAACUGUCUAAGAUUCUUGAAUGCAUGGAGGAGAGGGGGACAAUUCUGCCAAUCUUUUAUGAGGUGGAUCCCUCUCAUGUGAGACAUCAAAGGGGCAGCUUUGCUGAAGCAUUUCAAGAACAUCAAGAGAAGUUUGGGAAAGGUAAUAAUGAGGUGGAAGGGUGGAGAGAUGCUUUAACCAAGGUGGCCAGUCUCGCUGGAUGGACUUCAGAGAAAUAUAGGUAUGAAACUGAGCUUAUCAGCGAGAUUGUGCAAGCACUGUGGAGCAAAUUGCAUCCUAGUCUCUCUGUAUUUGGUUCCUCAGAGAAGUUAUUUGGAAUGGAUUCUAAGCUGGAGGAGAUAGAUGUUCUUUUAGAUAAAGAAGCAAAUGAAGUUCGCUUUAUAGGGAUAUGGGGGAUGGGUGGUAUCGGUAAAACAACCCUUGCCAGACUAGUUUACCAGAAAAUCUCUCAUCAAUUUGAAGUUUGCAUCUUUCUUGAUAAUGUCAGAGAGGUUUCCAAAACAACCCAUGGUCUAGUUGAUCUACAAAAAAAAAUUCUUUCCCAAAUCUUUAAGGAAGAAAAUGUUCAAGUAUUGGAUGUUUAUAGUGGAAUAACUAUGAUAAAGAGAUGUGUUUGUAAUAAAGCGGUUCUCCUAGUUCUUGAUGAUGUGGAUCAAUCAGAGCAACUGGAAAACUUGGUGGGAGGAAAAGACUGCUUUGGUUUGAGGAGUAGAAUCAUCAUUACAACUAGAGAUCGGCAUGUACUAGUCACACAUGGUGUAGAUCAAAAACCAUAUGAGUUGAAGGGACUAAACGAAGAUGAAGCUCUUCAGCUGUUUUGUUGGAAAGCCUUUAGGAACUGUAAGCCUGAAGAAUAUUAUGCAGAACCGUGUAAGAGUUUUGUUACGUAUGCAGCAGGUCUUCCGUUAGCACUUAAAAUUUUGGGGUCUUUCUUGAACGGAAGAACUCCAGGUGAAUGGAAUUCUGCAUUGGCAAAACUACAACAAACUCCCUACAGAACAGUUUUUGAAAUAUUGAAGAUAAGUUUUGAUGGACUUGAUGAGACGGAGAAGAAAAUUUUUCUGGACAUUGCUUGUUUCCGCAGGCUGUAUCGCAACGAGUUUAUGAUUGAACUAGUAGACAGUUCUGACCCUUGCAAUUGUAUUACAAGAAGUGUUCUUGCUGAGAAAUCUCUCUUAACUAUUUCAUCAGACAACCAGGUAGAUGUGCAUGACUUGAUACACGAAAUGGGAUGUGAAAUUGUUCGGCAAGAGAAUGAAGAGCCUGGUGGACGCAGUCGGUUGUGCCUUCGCGACGACAUUUUUCAUGUAUUCACAAAGAAUACGGGAACAGAAGCCAUUGAAGGCAUAUUGUUACACUUGGAUAAAUUAGAAGAAGCAGAUUGGAAUCUUGAAACCUUCUCUAAAAUGUGUAAAUUGAAGCUGCUCUACAUUCAUAAUUUGAGGCUUUCUGUUGGCCCAAAAUUUCUUCCUAAUGCCUUGAGAUUUCUGAGUUGGAGUUGGUAUCCUUCAAAAUCUCUCCCACCAUGUUUUCAACCGGAUGAACUUACUGAACUCAGUUUGGUUCAUAGCAAUAUUGAUCACCUCUGGAAUGGAAUAAAAUACUUGGUCAAUUUGAAAUCCAUCGAUCUUAGUUACUCCAUAAACUUGAGAAGGACACCAGAUUUCACAGGUAUUCCAAAUCUUGAGAAGUUGGUUCUUGAAGGUUGUACCAAUUUAGUUAAGAUUCAUCCAUCCAUUGCAUUGCUGAAGAGACUCAAAAUUUGGAAUUUUAGAAACUGCAAAAGUAUUAAGAGUCUACCAAGUGAAGUAAAUAUGGAGUUUCUGGAAACAUUUGAUGUAUCUGGCUGCUCAAAACUGAAAAAGAUUCCAGAAUUUGAGGGGCAAACGAACAGAUUAUCAAACCUUUCUUUAGGUGGGACUGCUGUUGAGAAACUGCCUUCAUCAAUUGAGCACUUGAGUGAGAGUUUGGUGGAGCUUGAUUUGAGUGGAAUUGUUAUAAGAGAGCAGCCAUACUCCCUUUUUCUUAAGCAGAAUCUCAUAGUAUCAUCUUUUGGCUUAUUUCCGAGAAAGAGUCCUCACCCUUUGAUUCCUCUGUUAGCUUCCUUGAAGCAUUUCUCUUGUUUGAGGACAUUAAAGCUGAAUGACUGUAAUCUUUGUGAAGGAGAAAUUCCCAAUGAUAUUGGUUCUCUGUCCUCCUUAAGGAGGUUGGAACUCGGAGGAAACAAUUUUGUUAGCCUUCCUGCAAGCAUUUAUUUGCUUUCUAAGCUAACAAAUUUUAACGUGGACAACUGCAAAAGGCUUCAACAAUUGCCAGAACUUUCGGCAAAGGACGUCUUACCUAGAUCCGACAACUGUACUUACUUACAAUUGUUUCCAGAUCCGCCAGAUUUGUGCAGAAUAACAACCAAUUUUUGGCUCAAUUGCGUCAAUUGCCUGAGUAUGGUCGGUAAUCAAGAUGCUAGUUAUUUUUUAUAUUCAGUGCUAAAGCGGUGGAUUGAGGUACUCUCUCGUUGUGAUAUGAUGGUUCAUAUGCAGGAAACCCAUCGCCGCCCUUUGAAGUCUCUCGAGCUUGUAAUUCCUGGAAGUGAAAUUCCAGAGUGGUUCAAUAAUCAAAGUGUGGGAGACAGGGUAACUGAGAAGUUACCUUCGGAUGAAUGUAAUAGCAAGUGCAUUGGGUUUGCUGUGUGUGCUCUAAUUGUACCUCCAGACAAUCCGUCUGCCGUUCCUGAAGACCCCCAUAUAGAUCCUGAUACCUGUAGAAUUUGGGGUCGUUGGAACAAUUAUGGUAUUGGUUUACAUGGUGUUGGUGUCUCUGUAAAACAAUUUGUUUCAGAUCACCUUUGCUUACUUGUUUUGCUAAGCCCUUUCCGGAAACCUGAGAACUGUCUGGAGGUUAAUUUUGUCUUCGAAAUCACUCGAGCUGUAGGAUACAACGUAUGCAUGAAGGUGAAGAAAUGUGGUGUCCGGGCACUGUACGAGCACGACACGGAAGAGCUGAUCAGUAAAAUGAACCAAUCCAAGAGCAGCAGCAUUUCUCUCUACGAGGAGGGUAUGGAUGAACAAGAAGGUGUCAUGGUUAAGGCAAAACAAGAGGCAGCGACAAGCGGAAGUGGUGGCUCUGACGACGAAUAUUACUCUGCAGCAGAAGAAUGAAACAAUUUUAGAAGACACUGUCUUGCUCUGUCCAGUGCCUUGAAGCAAAACUGAAGGGCCAACAAUACGGGAGCCUGUGAACAGUAACACCCCAAGUGAUUUGACCAUUUUGCCUCUUGGUCUGUUCUUUGACUGUUUUGUCCCUGGAUGAUUAUGGGAGAGGUGAUUCGGUUUUGCUGUGAGGAGGAAGAAGAGAUCAAGUAAUUGAUUGUAGGUUGCUGAUAAGCUGCUUCAUCAAGCUACUAGCAAUUUUCAUGCAGAGCUAACGUUUAUGAACUUAAGCUCCUGAUCACAUCAGUUUACUGUAGAAAACUACCUUCCAAAAGCCUUACUUGAAAUCAAGAGCGUUGAUGUGUUUUAAUUAUAAUUGUGAGUACCCUUGCUUCUGUGUAUCUCCACUCUGUGCAAACUUUAAUUAUUAUUCAAAUUGCAU